AUAGACGAUUGUGUGAAGCACUCAUACUAUUAAGAUGAUGGAGUCUGUCAUUUCAACAACUUUCCGUUGUUCCUAUGUAAAGCGAAAACGAUCACAACAUUUCUGAAAACAUGAUAUACGUGUGUGUGAACAAAGGUGGGAAACCACUGUGCUCUAAUGUGAAACACGUGUUCGAUGAUCGAUUCUAUCGAACCACCAGACUUCGAGUGUGACCACGUGUGUGGACAUGGAAUGGCUAACGUCCACUAUAAAUACGGUGGAGUGAUGAAUGCAGUCAACAAUCGAGAAACGCACACAUCAGACAAUCGAGAAUCCAACACUCAGUUCUUCAGGAAACCACCACAAUGCAAUUCUUCACUCUCAUCAUGGUUGUAUUGGUCAUAUCGUUCGAAUGUCAGAAUCCAGCUAUUGCAGCACCGGCUCCAGAACCAGCACCAGUGCCAAGUGGAAGGUGUCCUUGCUGUUCCGGUGCAUGCCCUCAAUGUCCUCGGUGUUGUGGAUGCCGUGGAUGUCGAGGUGGAGACUGUUGUGGAGGAUGUUGCAGUAAGCGUCGCACUAUCAACGCGAACUUGGAAGAUAUAAUUGCUGGCAAGGUCAAGAUCUGAGUGUUAUCAACUUGUAGUUUCGUUUGUCUAGAUUGAAUAUAUCUUCAUUGUUCC